AUGUCUUCCGUAUCUGAUAACUCUAACCCUAUGACAAACUAUGACGGUGUGAUCAUUGGUGUUAGCGUUACGGCUUUUGUUCUCGCUGUUGUGGUGAAGAUAUGGAUCAUUGUAUUUAUAUGCAAGAAACAAGCUGAGAUGCAAAGGAAGCAAUUCAGUGACGACUCCCGGUUUAUUCCUCUCACCAUGGUUAAAUUCCUGGAUGACAUGGAAAGAGAAAAGCCCAUCUGA